UAUUUCGUGUGUGAUCCAGGCUCUUGAUGGUGCUCCAGCCAGAGGAGAAGUGCGCAUCAAGUGGAUCUGGAGUUGACAACAGAUGAGUCGCCGCAGACGGAAGCAGAGAGAUCCGUGUAUGAUGAGACUUCAACACAAUGAGCAGGAUGAUUUUCUGGCACGAUUAUGGAUUUAAUUCGUCGUCAUAAUUUUGAUUUACUUGCCUGCACAGUUCUCAUCUCAUCACUUUUUGUGAUAAAUAGUGCAUCUCCUGACAGGCUACCUCCAGAUGUGAACCUGUGCUCUCCGAACCCGUGCCAAAACAGGGCGAUAUGCAGAAGUAGCAAGGACAGCUACGCAUGCUUCUGUGUGCCGGGUUUCCAGGGUUCUCACUGUCAGAUUGAUGUGAAUGAGUGUGUUUCACAGCCCUGCAGGAACGGAGCCACCUGUGUGGAUGCAGUGGGCAGGUUCUCCUGUCUGUGUUCUCCUAUGUUCACGGGGCCUACUUGUGAGGUCCAGAUUGAUGAGUGUCAAUCACAGCCUUGUCUCAGUGGCGGCAGUUGCCAUGGCUACACUGGUGGGUUCACUUGCACCUGCCUGCCAGGUUUCCAAGGACACCGGUGCGAAAUUGAUGUUGAUGAGUGCCAAGAGCAGCGAUGCCAGAAUGGGGCUCUGUGUAUAGAUGGAGUGAAUGAAUAUAGCUGUGACUGCUCUCACACAGCCUUCACUGGCAGACACUGUGAGACACCACUACCAUCAUGCCACUCUGAACCAUGCUUCAACAGCGCCAUCUGUAGGGACAACCGGGGUAACUACACUUGUGAGUGCUGGCCAGGGUUUGAAGGGCAUCAAUGUGAGCUAGACAUCAAUGAGUGCAUCAGCAGCCCCUGCAUGCACGGAGGCCACUGCAUUGAGAGGUCAUGGCAGGCCCUGUAUGGCAGUGAACCUCUGCUGCCUGAAUACUAUGACCACCAGCAUGCUGCAGGGUACAUCUGCAGCUGUCCUCCAGGAACAGCAGGUUCCCUUUGCCAGGAGGUGAUAGACCAGUGCGACUCUAGACCCUGCCAGAAUAAGGGCAGGUGUGAGAGCCAUGUCGGAGGCUACAUUUGCCACUGUCUCAGAUGGAGUCAAGAUGGAAAUCUCUAUGGAGGUGUAAACUGUGAGGUGAAGCUGGUGGGCUGCGAGGGUCAUGAAUGCCAGAACCAAGGCUCCUGUUCUCCUUUCCUGUUGAAUGGGACUCACGGUUACACCUGCUCCUGCUCACCUGGGUACACUGGACCCCUCUGUAAGACUUCCACCACAUUUUCCUUUGAACAUAGGGGCUACCUGCUACUUCAGAGCCCCCUGGUGGAUACUGAGGUCUCUUGCAACAUCACCCUCAGCUUCAAGACUGUUCUGCCCAGAGCAGCGUUAUUCCAGCGGAACACCACGGGGCUACUGCUAAACCUGGAGCUGGAGGGAGGACGGCUUCGUCUCACGCUAAGGAUGGACUCCUCAGCUGGAACUGAAGCAGAGAGCCCAAGUCAGGUUUUGGAGAUUCCAUGCAAUGUCACAGAUGGAGAAUGGCAUUCUGUAGAGGCUGUGCUUGGAAACUGGGUGCUCAGCCUGAAACUCUUGGAUAAUGCUAGGAGAUAUGGGAGCCAGCCCUGCUACAAGGUGGCCCAAGUCCAAAGCACCAUGGCCGGGCUGGUUUUGCGUCCUCAGAACACUUAUAUCGGAGGAGUGCCUGAGGAAUCAAAUGGUUCCAGCAAGUACGCUCCACUUCCAGCAUUCAUUGGCUGCAUGCGGGAUGUGUUUGUGGACUGGCAGCUCAUUGUCCCUGAGGAAUGGCUGAAAGAUUCUGUUGUUAAUGUGUCCCCUGGCUGCAGCCACAGGGACCGCUGCCUGGACGUGCCGUGCCAAAACAGAGGGCAAUGUGUCAACCUGUGGCAGAGCUACGGGUGCUGGUGUCCAAGGCCUUAUGAGGGGCAGGACUGCGAGAAGGAACAUGUGACUGCGCGAUUUGGGAAUGAGGACUCUCACAGUUAUGCUGCAUUCACUGUCACCGAUGAUCUGGGUCACAACCUCUCCAUCUCCCUUUUCUUGCGUACACGGAGAAACAGUGGACUUAUCCUGGCGCUCGCCAACAGCAGCAGCCAGUACUUGCACAUGUGGCUUGAGAAUGGCAAAGUCACAGUUCAGCUCCAUAACACUGAGAGGCUGAAGUCAGAGAGUACAGUUGACGAUGGGGAAGUCCACUUUGUGAGUGUAGAGGUGAUGGAGGAUCAUAUGAUGCUGUAUGCAUCAGGUCAGAAACAGGGUGAUGUCAUGGUCAGGAUGGUUAAUGUCCAAGCAGGAAAUACUGUGUUUGUGGGAGGUCUGUUGAACAGGAGGACAACAUCAGUGUUUGGUGGAUAUUUCAAAGGCUGUGUCCAGGACCUGAGGAUCAACAUAAACAGGUUGCAGUUCUUUGGGCUGGACACCUCAGUGAGAUCUUAUCCCCUAGAGCUCAUGGAGAACGUGACUGCUGGGUGCUCAGGGGACAAUGCCUGCAGCAGCAACCCGUGUCUCAAUGGGGGGAUGUGCUACUCCACGUGGGAUGACUUCACCUGCAGCUGCCCCUCCAGCACAGCAGGGCGGCGCUGUGAGGAGGUCAGGUGGUGUGAGCUGUCACCUUGUCCCACAGACUCAGAGUGCAGGAUGCUAAAGGGGGGAUAUGAAUGCUACUCCAAUGCAACUUUCCUGAAUGGCAGCACUGUGUUAUCCUAUCGGGGAAAUGGCCACAUAUCCCGCAACCUAACUAACCUCUCCCUAAACCUGCGCACACGGAAGCGUAAUGCAGCUAUUCUACAUGCAAGGAAGGACUCGGCGUUCAUCACGCUCUCUGUCCAGAACGGUUUCCUCUUCAUGGAGCUUCAGGGCAUCACUUUAAAUUACAGUGAGGGAGGGGCAUGGCAUAACAUCCACGUGUUCAUGGUAAUGCCAUGGGCACAAUCGUCCCAGUGGAUUUUAGUGCUGGACAAUGAAAUAGAGGAGGCAAGCAUUUCCAGGAGUCGAGGAGGCAACCUGGAUUUCCUCAGGCAGGGGGUGGACAUCCUCCUGGGGGGCCUGAACCCUGAUGGCAGCUGGUCCCUAGCUGGCUGUCUGAGCACUGUGGAGCUGGGCGGCAUUGCCCUGCCUUACUUCACUUCCUCUGAUGUGAACUUUCCACGUCUGCAGGAGGAGCAGUUUAUCCAGACAUCAUCGCAUAAACCAUUUCCUGGCUGCAGUGGGGCCUCCGUGUGUGAGCCCAACCCCUGCCUGAAUGGAGGCGAGUGCCAGGACCUCUUCGACACCCACAACUGCACCUGUGCUGAGGGUUGGGCCGGGCAACGCUGUGAUUUCCUCAUCAACACCUGUGCUUCCGCUCCCUGUGUCCAUGGCAGCUGCAGUGUGAAUGGACUUACCUACAAGUGCACCUGUGAGUUUGGCUACGCGGGUGUGGACUGUGAGGAGGAGGUGGAUACGUGUGAAAACCACCUGUGUGCCCAUGGAGGCACCUGUCUGCAUGGGCCGGACAGGUAUGGCUGCCUCUGCCUGGAGAACUACACCGGACCCUUCUGCAAUGAACGCGUUGAAGAAAUACCGUGGUACAUUGUUGUCAGAAAUGUCCAGCCCAGGCUGCCCGUUUCAGUGUGCGGUGAUGACACCAGAAACUACACCUGCUUUAAUGGAGGCAACUGCACUGACCGAGAGCUUUCCUGUGACUGUCCACCAGGCUUCACUGGACACCGCUGUGAGCAGGAGGUGGAUGAGUGCAAGUCCAACCCCUGUCUGAAUGGAGGCUACUGCCGCAACCUCAUCAACAAGUUUGUUUGUGUGUGCGACAUGAGCUACGCUGGAGAAAUGUGCCAGAUUGAUCUGACCUCAGAGGGUUUGACCUCUGACCUCCUACUGUCCAUCAGUCUGGUGUCUGUUGUCCUGCUGCUUAUUCUCAUCCUGACCUCUGUCGGCCUGGUGGUGGCACUAAACCGCCGCGCCAGCCAUGGCACUUACAGUCCCAGUCGGCAGGAGAAGGAGGGAUCGCGGGUGGAGAUGUGGAGUAUCAGCCAGCCGCCGCCUAUGGAGAGACUGAUAUGAGAGUAAUUUAGGAGCUGAUACCAGCAAUACAGAAUACUACAUUAGAUAACUGACUCAACCUGGACCAAAUGUCUGGAUCCUGCAUGUAAACGUGGUCUUUGCCUCACAGUAGCGCCAUCCUACAAUUUCAGUUGCCUUUCUUAUUUGCAUAUGCACAUGCAGGAAGACUAUGAGCACUUGUGACAUAAUUUUUGUGCAACUGCGUAGGCCAGUGCUUGAUCCAACUUCCUGGGAUGGUUCACACAUGGCUUCACCAUCCAGCAGCACAUUUGUUUAAAUGCAAAAGUCUGAAUCUGUCACAGUUUUUCCUUUACUCCAUAUUAUUAGAACGGAUGAACCAGUGAGCAUCUAAAAUCUGUUUUAUACACACACAAACUCAGUCAUAAAACCUUAUCUAGAAACAGGCAGAAAGUCAUUUAAAUUCAUAAGUCCAUUGAUGUGUAUUUAUUACAAAAAAUAUCAGCUUUCUGUGUAUUCCAUGUCUGUGAGUAUGUUGAGUGUUGCUGCCUGUAUUGAUUUAUUGUUUUAUUAUUAAGUGAACAUUCCCACUGCACCUUUCACACUGCAGCUCCUUACAGACAGAAUAAUGUUGAAGGUUUCAGGACUGGUUGCACUAGUUGAGAAUACUUCCUUAUUUCUUCUAGCUGAUUUGUACAUGUUAAAACAAAAGAACUGUCAAGGCUAAGGUGUAAUAUUAGGUGUAUAUCCUGUAAUUAUGAUUUGGUUCAUCUUUAAUUGUUGGUAGCUGAAUGGAAAAACCUGCUGGUUAAUUAAAGUACAUUGAUUUGUUUUAAUUUAUUCAAUGUCUACAAAGUGUUACAUGUACUAUAUUUAGAUACACUAUGAUGCUACUGUAAGACAGGAUUUAUAUUUUAUUUUAAUGCUUGCUUUAUCAAUAAACAUGCGUUCAGUGCCCUUGUUGCUGUGCAGUGCACGUACGGUACUGUGGCAGGCUACACAGCUCUAUUUUGCACAGAGACUCAAAAACCAACUAGUAGUCCUGUAGUGAAAUACUACCUGGCCCCAGCUUUUCUGUUUGUUAUAGUAGUUUGUGGUAAUUUGAUGUGACAAAACUGUAUUUCAGAAAAUGGACCAUGUGAGGAUAAAUAAACAAAGGU